GUGGCCAUGGUUCAGUACACACCCAUCACCCUGGAUCCCAACACGGCGUAUUCGUGGUUGUCCAUCUCCAAGGACCUCACUUGCGUGGCUAACAGCGGCUCCCUCCAGCAGCUCCCAGACAACCCGGAGCGGUUCGGCCACUUUGUCUUCGUGUUGGGCUCCGAAGGCUUCACGGCGGGCCGCCACGCCUGGGAGGUGGAGGUGGGAGACAAGGAAGACUGGAUGCUCGGGGUGGUCAAGGAGUCCAUCGACAGGAAAGGCCGCAUCUCCGGCUGCCCCGAGGGCGGUUUUUGGAUGAUCUCACACUACGAGGGCGCGUACUUGGCCAUGACCAGGCCCAGCACCACCUUGCGCAUGGAGGACGAGUUAAACAGGGUCAGGGUGCAGCUGGACUACGACGCCGGCGAGGUGAUCUUCUCCAAUCCGGUCAGCAUGACAACCAUCUACACAUUCACCGACUUCUUCACAGACAAAAUGUAUCCGUUCUUCUGCCCUGGGGCAAAUAUCAACGGGAAUAACCCCAACCCGCUCAAAAUCUGCCCUGCUACCGUAGCGGUGUGGAACAGCGCCACAUGGUGAAGGAACCAAGUCAACACCAUGUUACCACCUGGAGGUAUACAGUUGCCUCCAAACGUAUUGGAAUAGCUAGCAAGAGCAAUCCCAAGGUUUUUGGAGGUAAUCUUGCUGUUCCAAUACU